AUGAGCGAGAAGACGUCCGAGACGCUUGCACCCGCCGCUGCUGUGCCCCUCCGCCUGCGGGCGGCGCCGCCCUCCGAGGUGGUGUGGGCCACUACGCCGGUUGCAGAGACGACGCAAGGGAUAGACCGGGUCGAACUUGGCCCUUCGGCAUCUGUCGACAGGUGCGACGCGGACGCCACCUCCCGCGAGGUUUGCUGCAAGGAGCUCGUGUCGCCAGACCAGCGCCAUCUCGUUGACCCGGCUAUCGUACGCGACAUCAUCAUCGGCCUGAGCGACGGCCUCACCGUGCCGUUUGCGCUCACCGCCGGCCUGUCGGGCCUCGGCUCUCCCAAGCUGGUCGUUACGGCCGGCCUGGCAGAGCUCAUCGCCGGCGCGAUCUCGAUGGGCCUCGGCGGGUUUCUCGCGUCCAAGGCCGAGCUCGACCACUACCGUUACCUCGCAGCGCAGACACACGCCAACGCCGCGCGCGCGUGCGACUCGGAGCUCGAGCGCAAGGUGUCUGCCAUCCUUGCGCCGGUCGGCGUCGGCGCUGGGGCCACGAGGGCGGUGUACAACGAGCUCCGGGCGAGCGAGGGGCAUGCUGUGGCUGGCGAGCUACCGCCCGCUGGCCGCACACGGCUGCUCGGGGUAUUCCGCCGCCCAGUCGCCGAGAACGCCAGCACGGGCCUCACGGCGUUCCUCCUCAAGUUCGGGGAAGGCCUCGAGCCCGUGCCCAUCUCGCGCCUGUGGAUCUCGGCGGGCACCAUCGGCCUGUCCUACUUUAUCGGCGGGCUCAUCCCCCUAAUCCCCUACUUCUUCGUGCACAGCACCGGGUUCGGCCUGCUGCUGUCUGCCAUUGUGACGGGCGUGAUUCUGUUCCUGUUUGGCGGGUUCAAGACGUACUUUACAGGCGCGCGCGGUGGGGUGUGGGGCUAUGCGUGGGGGUGCGUUAGUACGCUUAUUGUUGGUGGAUUGGCUGCUGGAGCUGCGUUUGGGCUCGUCAAGGCUUUGGGAGUCAAGGAGUAG